AUGGCAGAACUGGGUCCUAUGCGUUUUCCACUCGCUAGUCAUCCCUACUUGAAUAAUUUAAUUCGAGAACGAUACAAAUUGAAUAUCAGUGAUUUUUCUAACUUCGACGAUCAUGCAUACACAUAUAUAAAUGGCAUUUUGGUUACAAACAAAGAAGCUAAUGAAAAUCCAGAUAUUUUUCAAUUUAAUAGAACUGAAAAUGAACGAGGAAAGACUCCUGGUCAAUUAACGUCAGAAGCUUUUCGACAUGCUUAUGAAACAUAUUUAACAGGCGGUUGGUCAGAAGUUCUUAAACAAUGGGACUCAUAUUCAUUUCAAUCUUAUCUAUAUAAAAUGAAUUUGUCACGUGCAGCUGUUGACUUUGCAGCUGUUUCUGGCAAUUAUGAAACGGAUCUUUUCACAUCCAUCAUGGGAUCCAUUCGUAAUACAAUUGUAUUUUCGGCUGGAUCCGCCUUGUAUCGAAUAUCAGGGGGUAAUGAUCUUUUAGCAGAAUCAAUGGUUAAUGAAUGCAAAACAAUCGAGUCAAAUCGAUGUUCAAUCCUCUACUCUUCUCCUAUCAGUGAUGUAAAGUUAAUGGAGUCAAAUAAGAUUCAAUUAUCAUUAGACAAUGGUACAAGUCAAAUGUUCGAUAUAGCCAUAGUAGCAACACCACCAACUGUAACUCAAUUCUUUAAUUUUGAACCAAGAAGUCUCUUUAUUCAGAAAUAUUUAGCUCUGCGUCGAGUACAAUAUAAUUGUGCUUCAAAAAUAUUUCUCUUUUUCAAUGUAUCUUUGUGGUAUACACAAGAAAAUAUUCGUGGUGGCUCUUCAACUACUGAUUUACCUAUUCGUUCGAUUUAUUAUCCAAGUACAACAAGUAAUCAAACGGAUGGUGGAACUGUUUUAGCUUCAUAUACACGUUCUCAAAAUUCAAUGAUAUGGCAGUCUCUAUCUGAAUCUGAUGCCAUUGAAUUAGCAUUAAAACAAUUGAUACAAAUUCAUAGAAAUUCAUCGAAUAUGCGCAACUAUUUUCAGGGUGGAAAAGUCAAACAUUGGUGUCAAGAUCCUUUUGUACGUGGAUCAUUUGCUUCGUUCAUUCCAUUUCAAGAAACUGAACUUGUUGAUCCAUUACAAGCAUCUAUUUCGAAUAUUCAUUUUAUUGGUGAAUACACAAGUUUGUUUCAUGGAUGGAUUGAAGGAGCUCUUUCAUCAGCAGUACGUACAGCUCAUGCUAUAGGACUUGAAACAACAUUUGAUGUAGUCAUAAUUGGUGGAGGCCCAAUCGGUGUAAUCACGGCCAUUAACUUAUCACAAAAACAGACAAAUCUUCGCAUUGCUAUUAUUGAAAAAGGAACCAUUUUGAAUUCAUACGAUAGUUCAAGUUCAUUCGAUCAAAGACAAUUUCGUCAAAUUUACAAUGAAAUAUAUUUGGCCGAAUUAGCAAAUAUGUCCAUACCUCUCUGGCGCCAACUAGAACAAACGGCGAAUAUGUCUAUUGGAUCUAUACUCAAUACAGAUAAUGGAUUCUUGUUCUUUGGCGAUUUUAAUACAAAUCAAACAACCGUCGAUGGUGAUUUCAUAUCGAUGAAAAAUACAUGUGAACAUCUUCGAUUAGGAUGUGAAUAUUUGAAUAGUACACAGUUAAAAAUUCGUUAUUCAGCAUUUACAUUUCCUACUCACUAUCAAGGUAUCUUUCACUCUCAUUCAGGCUAUAUCAAUGUGAAAGCAUUAUUCAUAGCUCUUCGUCGAAUUAUUAGUUUAAAUCCUAACAUUGUUAUUCGUGAGAAUGAAGAAUUUAUAUCAUUAAAAUUAGAUAAUCAAACACAAAUUAUUACCGAUCGUGGUACAUUAUAUGCUUCUCAAAAAGUUCUCUUUGUUCCUGGUUCUUAUGCCAAAAAUAUUUCUGAUUUAUUUAAUUUCUACUUGAAUAUAACACUGUGGGAAAUACCAAUUUAUCAUUUUCGUCUUCUUUCAAACUCUACUCAAAUUCCAACAUGGUUAUCGUGGGAUGGACAUGAUCUACAAUCACUCUUUACUGGAUUUACUAGCAGUUUAUCAUCAACAGAUUACAUUACUCUAUUGCCACGUUUUAUAAAAGACUUCAGCAAGCCUCUUAUGUAUCCAUCACAGAAGAAAAAUAUAAUCGACACAUUUCUCACUCAAAAAGUGAUUGCAUGGGUGUCACGGUAUAUGACAACAGAAGUAAAUGUAUCGGACUAUUAUUGGAGCAGCACAACAUGCUUGGCUACAUUUCUCUCUGAUAAUGGAUUUUUACUUGAUUACAUCCCUGGAACAAACAGAAAAGCAUUGAUACAAGCUGGUGGAUGGGGUAUGGAAUUUGCGCCAGUUUGGGGUGAUAUUCUUUCGGAUGUUAUUCUUCUUGAUCAAGCGACGAAUACUUCGUCAAAAUACAGCAAAUACAUGCAAUACUUCUCUUUAUCACGAUUUAAUCGGACUGAUGAAAAUAUUGUACUACCCAACGAAGGUUUACAAACUGUACCGGCUUACAUAAUCAUUAUUGUACUUCUUCUUUCAAAUUAUUUAAAAAUCUUUUAG